UGUUCUGCAUUUCCUCUCUCAACUGAGGACAUUUCCUCUGCAUUUCCUCUCUCAACUGAGGACAUUUCCUCUGCACUUCCUGUCUCAACUGAGGACAUUUCCUCUGCAUUUCCUCUCUCAACUGAGGACAUUUCCUCUGCACUUCCUGUCUCAACUGAGGACAUUUCCUCUGCACUUCCUGUCUCAACUGAGGACAUUUCCUCUGCAUUUCCUCUCUCAACUGAGGACAUUUCCUCUGCAUUUCCUCUCUCAACUGAGGACAUUUCCUCUGCACUUCCUAUCUCAACUGAGGACAUUUCUGCUGCAUUUCCUGUCUCAACUGAGGACAUUUCCUCUGCACUUCCUGUCUCAACUGAGGACAUUUCCUCUGCAUUUCCUCUCUCAACUGAGGACAUUUCCUCUGCAUUUCCUCUCUCAACUGAGGACAUUUCCUCUGCACUUCCUAUCUCAACUGAGGACAUUUCCGCUGCAUUUCCUGUCUCAACUGAGGACAUCUCCGCUGCAUUUCCUGUCUCAACUGAGGUCAUUUCCCCUGCACUUCCUGUCUCAGCCGAGGACAUUUCCCCUGCACUUCCUGUUUUAGGCGAGGACAUUUCCCCUGCACUUCCUGUUCCUGUCUCAGCUGAGGACAUUUCCCCUGCACUUCCUGUUCCUGUCUCAGCUGAGGACAUUUCCCCUGCACUUCCUGUUCCUGUCUCAGCUGAAGACAUUUCCCCUGCACUUCCUGUCUCAGCUGAAGACAUUUCCCCUGCACUUCCUGUCUCAGCUGAGGAGAACAGCUGUGCUGUCAUGUGAUCUAUUACUGUAACAUUGUACACAGUUGAGAUAAUAUUUGUUUUGACUCAUUAUAUCAUGUAUAUUUAUGGAAAUGUUUCAGGAUAUCAGGAUCCUUUAUGCAUUUCAUAUAGACAUGACAGUUAAUUAUUGAUCUCUCUCUCUCUGUGUGUGUGUGUGUGGUUGAACUGAUAGAGUGUACUGAUAAAUCCAGUACAUAUCAAUGGUAAGUGACAAUAAAACACCAAAUAUUGGUAAAAGUAGUCAUUGAGUAGGCGUAUUUCAAAGGGUUACUAAAGACACAUCUGGAUAUUUUCAUGUCUGGGAAAAAUUUGAGUGGGUUAAUAUUUAUAAAAUUUUGAGUGCAUCAUUUCUUAUUUAUUGCCU